UUCAGGCAGCCCCGGCGUGACAAACGUGGUCACUCCGAGUUGGUUUCAGGUGCAGAAGAAAAAGCAAUUCUCAGGGGAGAGAAAAAGAUUUGGAAUUGAGGAGCAUCUGAAGCACGAAGGAAAAGUACCCACCAGCAAAAAGCCGUUUGAUGGGCGAGCAGGCCGCGAAUUGUCACACCAUGUUACCGGCCCAGACCCAGAUGUGCACAGUGACAGGAUGCGGGCAGACUUCCCGUGUUCCGCCUCAAUUUGUCCCAAACAAGGCUCCUGGUGGAGUCUAUCAUGGACGGGCCGAUAAUAGCGGACAAAUAGGAAAUCACCCGGCUGCUUUCCCUGGGCUUGUGCUAUGCGGUAACUUGCUCCCCCAGCGCUUUGAAGCAGUUCUGCGUGACAGCAAGCAAGGCGAUUAUUUUCCCCCCUCGAUCCUCGACAAAAAAAGUGUGUUCCAUGGAUGCGGACACGGCAUACCCGCCCCGAGGUCCCAAAAUACGGGACUUGGGGAGAGAAUAACGGGAGGGAAUAGUUCAACUCUUGACCUCUUGAUCAAUCCGUACAAGGCCUGGCCUAAAGCCGUUAUCACAACAAGUAUGAGUGAUUUUCCUGCAUUGCUUCCCGAUUCGUCGCCUGCGUCUGCAGUCCGUGUUAUGGCCGGUCUAAUGAGAGUGGGCAGGGCUCCGGCCUGAUAUUCAUCGUUAAUUUAGAGUCCCGCCAUGUGUCUGGUGGCGAAAGGCGGACCUCUCCAAAGAGGCAAGGUGGAAGAUAAGUGGAAUCGUUGAGCAGCAGCUGAGAUGAUUCCACAAAGAAGUUCCUCGGUCCUUCGGGACGGGGACCGGCGCUAAGCUAGAGGUUGGAUCACCUGCUGGGCUGCUGGGACUAGGACGCUGGUCGGACCGGCCUUUUUCUCUAGUCGUCCUAGUUGUGAAUAACAGCCAUGUUCAGCUGG